AUGUUCGGCGGAUUCGCACCACCCCAGUUUUCAAAGGAAGAGCUCGAGCACCACGAGGCUGAGGCCGCUUCCACGGUCCAAUUCUUCUUCGGCACCGCUAUCCUACUCUACCUCUCUCCUUUCGCCGUUGACAUCGUCUCGAGUGUAUUCUAA